AUGGCCAGACGGCUAAUAUGGUCCCCUACUAUAGCGAUUCUUUUCAUUACGAACCUCAUUACUAUUGCUAUAUUAAUAUCCAAUGAGGUUGCGCGUAAUGCGAUAGUAGAUCAACUGAGCGCAGCUACCCUGCUGGAGUCUCAAAAGGCCGAACACCGUUUUAAAGAGGACCCGUACUUCCCAAAUCCACCAGCUCCAAACUACGUUACUCGCACAAGAGUGUUUCACAAGGUGAAGACUUCCUCUGCUACGAUAACGGCUACCGAAACGGCUACCGUCACAGCCACUGUAAUGGCUACUCAGACCGUUACAGUGACAAAGGCGGUUGCUGACGGCCUGCCUGGAUUUUGUGAUGAAUGUGGCCCAGAAGAUCACAUAUGUAAAAAAUAUGGCCAACACAAUCUUGAAAGGUCUCGUGCAUACGAAGGUCCCAAUACAAGGCUCAGACGCGUCCUUCAAAAAGCUGCCGACGGCCACCCCAUUAAUAUCGGAAUCUUGGGUGGUUCAGUUACUGCUGGCCAUGGCGUACUGCAUCCAGAGUACUGGACCGACAUAUUUUUCAACUGGUGGAAUACCACUUUUCCGCAUGAAAAAAACGUUUUUGUUAAUGGUGCAGUGCCCGCAACUACCACGGAGUAUUACUCUGUGUGUGCACUCGAACACAUAGACAAGGAGGUGGACCUAGUGAUUAUAGAAAUGGCCAUCAACGACCAGAGAGUUGAAGUUUUUGCUCAAUCAUACGAAUGGCUCGUUCGUAUGCUCAUGGACUUACCGAAUAAACCAGCUGUCGUCAGUGCCCAGGUGAUCGCUCUUGCCUUCGAUACCAUUACUAUGGGCGGUGAUUUGCAUACUGGGGUAAACGAAUACUAUGAUAUUCCUACUGUCAGUCUCCGCAAUGUAGUUCUUUAUCACGUUCUCGAAAACGCCCAUCUGGACCGCGAUAUGUUCCAUAGGCUACCGCCAUUUCAGGAAGACAGUCAAGAAGAUCUUCGGCACAUGAACCGACGCCAAAUUUGCGCCCAGAGCAGACUAAAGGCGAAUCCAUCGGUCUUGGAGUACCAGUCUCCAGGAAAUACUAUUCCUGGGCCAGAAGAAUUGGGUGUGAUGCCUAGGCUACGAAUGUUCCGAAAGUAUGUUCGUGACGAGAGAGAACAUUCCGUCAAGACAUCAUGUUUUUCCACUCGAAGCAAGAAACACCCGCUAAAGCCCAUCCGUCAGGAGGGUUGGUCUGAAUGGGCCUGGAAAGAAAAGAGCUAUCUAAUUGCCAAGGAGCCAGGUGCACGCGCGACGUUUGUGAUAGAUGUCGGUCCAAUGGGAUUGAUCAAAAUCACGUACCUUAAGAGCAAGACAUUUGGCCUGGGGAACGUCAAGUGCUGGGUUGAUAACAACGAGAGCUCAGCCCGCGUGAUUGAAGGGUGGUGGAACGAGGACGGGCUUAAUAUGUCAAGAGACGCGGAAGUGGCGGGCGGCGUGCCUGCAGGUUCACACGAAGUUACAUGCGAGGUUUUACAAGAAACUAGAGACCCAGGAGGGGGGCACGAAUUCCGCCUCAUCUCGCUUACCAGGGACACCAAUAUAUCGUCAUUUCCUUCUCAAGAGCAACAUCCAGUAUCCAUUAAACCGGGCUGCAUUCCGGUUACAGUGACAGCAACCAAAACCAUCACUUCUUUUCAAACUGUGACUCCCAGUUUCCCCGGCCCUGCUUACUGUGACGAAUGUGGGAAGGAAGAUUUGAUGUGCAAGGAAUAUGGACAACACAAUUUGCAGCGUUCCCGCGGGUUCGAAGGGACUAAUUCUCGCCUAAAACGCGUGCUUCGUAAGGCCGCCUCUGGAGAACCCAUCAACAUUGGCGUCAUCGGUGGCUCAGUGACACAUGGUCAUGCAGUUGUCCAUCCUGAGCUAUGGACUGAUAUUUUCUUUGAGUGGUGGAACCAAACCUAUCCACAUGAAAAGAAUGUUUUUGUGAACGGAGCUGUCCCUGCCACAGGUACAGAAUACUUUUCUGUUUGUGCACUUGAACAUAUCGAUGAAAAUGUGGACUUGGUGAUAAUUGAGAUGGCGAUCAACGAUUUGAGAAACGAGGCCGCUGCUAUGACUUACGAAUGGCUUCUUCGUUUUUUACUCCAGCUCCCUAAUAAACCGGCUAUUAUCAGCGCACAUGUCUUUUCAAUUCAUUUCGAGUACUUGGCAACUGGAGGCGACUACCAUUUGCCUGUAUCACAAUAUUACGACAUCCCGGUUGUGAACCUACGCCAUGUUUUGUUGAACAAUGUCCUUGAGCACGAAAACCUCGUUCACGAAAUUUUCCAUGCCAGAGACCCCUAUCCUGCCGAGGCUCCCGACGAUACACGUCAUAUGAACCGUGUCGGGCACAAGAUGAUGGCCGACUUAUUGAUCGCAUACACCCAGAGGGUUGUUUGCCAAAUGGCCUCUGAGGAUGCUCGCCCGAUCGAACCGUUUUCUUCCGAUAACGGACUCCUUCCCACACUUGAUACGAUGGAGCAAGUACCUCGUCUUCGUUUAUUCCAACACUAUGAACCCGAUACCCGUGUUCAGCAGGUCCGGUCUACCUGCAUGUCUACACGAGCCAAGAAUAGCCCGUUCAAGCCUUCAAGUGCUAUAGGCUGGUUUGAAUGGGCCUGGAAGGAAAAGAAGUAUUUUUUGGCACGUGAGCCCGGUGCAAUAGUUACAUUUGACAUCCAUGUUGGCCCUAUGGGGGUGGUAAAGCUCGAAUACUUGAGGUCGAAGACAUUUGGUCUGGGUUUUAUCCGCUGUUGGAUUGGCGAAGAUAACGGGGGUGGAGUCGAAAUUGACGGGUACUGGGAGGAAGAUUUAAAUAUUGCCAGAUCCAGCGAUAUCGUCUAUGGACAUACGUCCGGGCCAGCCAAAGUGACUUGUAAAUUAUUAGAUAAGACUAACGACCCCUUAGGAAGACAUGAAUUCCGAAUUAUAGCUCUCACAAGUUACUAG